CAUGGUGAACAUGAAAAUCAACAUGAAAAGAAGAAAGAAGACAAGUUUUCACAAAUCACUCUUUCUCCUCACUAUGAUGAAGAAGAAUAAUUUUAUUAGAUCCUCACAACCACUCGUUGCAAUGAAAAAGAAGAAGAGAACUCUUGUCAAAAAAUCAUCACAACAACAACAAUCGAUUUACUUACCCGAUGACUGCUGGGAGCAUGUCUUCACAUUCCUCUUCAUCGACGACAUAAACAAACUCUAUUUUAAAUCCCUAUCUCUUGUCUCAAAACACUUCCUCUCCAUUACUAACCGUCUCAUAUUCUCUCUCCAAAUAUAUUAUCCACAACUUUCUUUUCUCCCUCGUUUCUUCCAUAGAUUCUCCAAUCUUGAUUCCCUCGACCUUUGGUUCGGCUCCCAUGAUCUCGAUCCAACCAUUGCUUUGGCUCUCCGUGACAGACCAUCAUUGAAAUCUUUAUCUAUUUUCAGGUUUGAUUUAAAGGAUGCAAACUACUUUACUUCACAUUACAUUGAUUCCUUUGUGAGUUUAAAGGGUUUGAAUUCUCUUAAGUUUUGGUGUUCACAAAUCUCUAAUGAUUUGCUUUACUCUAUUGCAAGAGAAGGUCUUCCUUUGAAGAGUUUUGUUCUUCAAAAUUGUACCGGUUAUAGUUUCUAUGGAAUUUAUGAUUUAUUAUCUAAGUGUCGUGGGAUACGACAUUUAGGUCUUCAAGGGGUUGAUUUUCUAAAUAAUAAUCAUGUCUCUCAGUUGGUUUUGCUUCUUCCUGAUUUAGUAUCUAUAAAUCUUAGUAAAUGUUCCAAGCUCACAGAAUCAGCUUUGUUUUCCCUCAUUAAGAACUGUCAUUCACUUGGUGAGAUCACAAUGGAAAGCAUAUAUGAUUUCACAUUGGAAUAUACAUAUAGUGAGAGAAAGAGUGUAGAAAUUUCUUAUAUUUUGAAAGAUUUUGAUGUCAACCCUCAAUUAAAGUUUUUACAUUUAGCUCACACUUCAUUUAUAAACGACGAGACCAUCCUAUUAUUUGCCUCUGUUUUCCCCAAUUUGCAACUUCUUGAUUUGAGUUAUUGUCAUGGUCUAUCUAAAAAAGGUAUUUGUGAAGUCUUAAGUAGAUGUUGUAAGGUUAAACAUCUGGAUUUGAGACACUUAAAUGAAGUUAGAGGACUUAAAAUGAACUUUAUAGUUCAUCAUCUAGAGGUGUUGGACUUAUCUAUUACAAGUGUUGAUGAUAAAACACUCUAUGAGAUCUCAAAGAGUUGUUGUGGACUUUUACGACUACUAUUGGUAUGGUGUGAAUAUAUCACGGAAAAGGGAGCGAUGCACGUGAUUGAAAACUGCACACAAUUGAAGAUGAUCGAUUUGUCAUAUUGUGAUAAAGUGAAUAUUGAUGCUGUUGUCUCAAUGCUUUCAUCAAGGCCAUCGUUUGAAAAAAUUAAUGCAACUUUGUUUUGGUAACAUAAAGAAAAAACUAUUUUUGUUAGAGUUGUCUUUUGCUAAUUAUGAAUGUCUUAUUUCUUGAAAUUUUGAUUCUUAAAUAUUAAUGUUUUUAUA